UCCUGAUGUCAAUUAAACCACACUGAGAAGCUGCUGGAGAAGAGCAAAAAACAAUUGAAAUUGUGUCAGUUGCGGAGUUUGUUUCCUAGUUUAUGACUAAACCGACCCUACCGCGAAAUCUCCCAGUCACUGAGAGCUGCCCUGUGAGGCUGCCGAGUGCAUCCACCCCACAGAGCCCAGGGAACGUCAGCCCUGGGCCCUGAGGCUUCUCUGCAAGGAUGGGGAAAGGAACCCAAAGGCCAAAUUCUUCAAGCCAAGAGGAACCACUGAACACCUGCAGUGAUCCAGAGGAACAGUGCAAAUGUGGGUCCUACAGAACCGAGUCAGACUGGAGAACAUCCCCCAAGGUGCGUGUUCUCCUCGCUCUGAGUGUGUUCCUGGGGAUCCUCAGCUUGAGCCUGGCUGGAGCACUGACUGGUGAGUCCCACCCAGAUACCCCCAUGGGGAGGAUCCCAGGACAUUCCUGGCUCCGAGGGAGGCUCCCAAAGUUGGUGACUCCCUUUUUUCCCUGCACUUUGCUCCAGGCACCUGCUCCUCGCUCAGUCACACCUUUUCCAAGAGAAUCAUCCCCAGUUUCCCUCUUCCAGCUGCUGGAAAAAAACCCCCAAGGAAUCAAUCCCAUUUUGCUGUUUUUCAGGGCUGCCCACGUGUCUGACUCAGCUUUCUGUGUUUCAGUUCUCGGUGUGAGACCCCCUUUCCCUGAGCUGGAAUUCUCCCACGUGUGCCCAGACACCUGGCCUGGUUUCCAAGGAAAAUGUUAUUAUUUUUCUGAGCCUGAGGGCAAUUGGAGCACGGGUCGGGAAAGGUGUGAGGCCCUGGGAGCUUCCCUGGCCACCAUAAGCACCAGGGAGGAACUGGCCUUCCUUCUGCGCUAUAAAGGCGAAGCAAACCACUGGAUCGGGCUGGGAAUGAGGGAUAACGGCUGGGAGUGGAUCAAUGGCACAGCCUUGAACGGCAGGUUUGAGGUGAGGGGUGGGGGGCCCUGUGGGUACCUGAACCAGGGCAGGAUCAGCUCGUCCCUGUGCCACACGGAGAAGAACUGGAUCUGCAGCCGCCCCGACAACUUCGUCCUGUGGGAGGGGAAAUUAAGAGACUCCAAACCAGGACUUUCAACCUAAAUCUCUGACCAGAUGGGGGAGCUUCACCCCAGCACUGCAACUGAAAUUUUCAGGGUGAAUCCAAAAAAUCAGGUACAAGGAACCGGUGCUAUCCCCCAUCCUUUGGACCUUUUGAGCAGCAGAAGUGUGGUUUGCACCACAGAAAACUUGCUCAAAAGGUUCGCACAAAUGCAACUGGUAUUUAUACAAUUUGCCUUAAACGCAUUUUUAUAUGAGUACGACAUUUGUGUAGCCAUAUUUAUAUGAGUAUGACAUUUAUGUAGCCAUAUUUAUAUGAGGACAACAUUUAUGUAGCCAUAUUAAUAAUAGGUGGAGAAUAGGCGGAGCUCAGGCCGGUGCUUCUCUUGGCCCUCCAUUUCAGUGGGAGGUAAAUCAGCCUUUUUUCACACUGUUUUCAGCCUUAUUUCAAGCUUUUUCUGCGGUGGCCACGGUUUGGGGGCGGUUUUGGGGUGAGAA